ACGACGUCAAUUUGAGGCGUCCCCUUUUUCUUUCCCCUUUUCUUCUUAUUUGGAGCCGGAAGCGCUCUCGCUUCUAUGAGGAACGUGCGACAAAAGAGCAGCAAAACAGUGGCAGCAACAAUAGCAGGAACAACACCGCUCUUGUUGUGUCGCCGUUGUUGUUUAUUAAGGGCUUUCCCCACUUCCACUUUCGCAAAUUGGGACAAUUUUGGAAGCCCAAAAUCUGAUUUGAGUGGACUUGGACGAGGACAAGUUAUGUGCACGCUGAUUUGACAUCGGUUCUCAAAAGAGUCGCCGGAAGGAGGUAAUGGAGGUUCUUCGCAAGUCGACGGCGUUCGCCGCCGAGGUCCUGGAGGUGUUCGACCGAUCCCUGAGCGACAAGCAGCUGGUGACGCAGGCCAAGGCCUUAUGCCGGGACUUCAUCCUGUCCCGACUCAACCAGAAUGGGCUGACGUGGUCCAAAGGCGAGCUCAACUUGUCACCUUGCGGCACCGCCCUGGCCGAGGUCUCCUUUGUGCUCCUCUGCCUCGGUGACGAGCUGGAGCGCAUCCUUCCCAGCCUGUACAGGAACGUGGCCCGCCAACUCAACAUUUCCGUUGCCAUGGAGACCAUGGUUUCUGACGCCUUCAUCGGCGUCGCCACUGAGAUCUUCUCCACAGGCAUCACAUGGGGCAAAGUGGUAUCCAUGUACGCGGUGGCCGGCGCCUUGGCUGUGGACUGCGUGAAGCAAGGACAUGCCAGCAUGGUUCACGUCAUCGUGGACAGUCUGGGCCAGUUCGUCCGCAAGUAUCUGGCACAGUGGCUCAAGAGACGCGGAGGAUGGCUGGAACUGACCAACUGCGUGGUGAAAAAGGACCUCUUCCCCGAACACCGCUGGCUGUCCUCCGCCCUGGAUUCCCUGCGAUACUUCCUCACGUCCAUGUACGUUUACAUCAUGAAGGAAGGGUGACCACCUGCCGGAAUCCUCGAUCCCACCGUACGACACAAAAAGACACUCUCGGGGACCCGUUAUAAUUCUUGUGUCGAGCCUGCUGGGCUGAGCUCGGACUGCUGCUGGGUGGCCAUGGAUGAAUGUUUGCUCAGCGUGGUUCUCUUUUGUCACCAGGGAUUGGGCUUUAUCCAGAGUCUAGUCGCAAGAUGGUGCAGGUGAGAUGGGAUGGGGGCGGGGAGGGGGGCUGAGGGGGACAAUUGCAAUAUUACAACUCCCCGCUUCGGUCAAUGCAAACAGUUUGGGUCCUUUUUGAUCAAAAGUGCGGAUUUCACAUUCACUACCAACGCUGGGUUGCUUAUUUUCGGAGGACUUCACACAGGCACACGCGUUCAUGGUGUUUUCCUUGACUUUUAAACAUGUACAUAGAUUAUUUAUGAUUUUAUUUUCGUAACAAUGAAAGCCAUUGCAGUAUAAAGUA